CACCCCAUCUGACCCAAAAUUAAAUGGGUCGACGCGGGUUAUCCUUCAUCCCAAAGACUCGGCCGGUGGUGGCUUUGGUAUUUCCUUUUCUUGGGUGGGCGAGAGGCGGUGGCCUCUGGAUCACCUCCCCGCCUCCGCAAUCGCGUGCAACUUCACGCCUCUAUCGCCGCCGCCGCCGCCGCCGCUGCCGGACCAGUUUCUCUUACAGGCUUCAACGAUGGAUGACAACAUGACUUCUUCUUCUCCGCAUGCAGUCGGUGAUAUUGACGAUGCAGCUGAAGAAUGCCCUGUGAAGGAGCGAUGCCAGGAGCAGAGAGAAGCCCUUCCAGGAGAGCCCCGUUGUGCUAUCUGCGGACGUUAUGGUGAAUAUAUAUGUGAUGAGACAGAUGAUGAUAUCUGCAGCAAAGAAUGUAAAAGUACUCUUCUUGCUAGGCUUGCCAGUACCCAGAAGCCAGCUUUGGACCACAGCCAUCCUGUAAAACUACCUGUCAGUGACGAAUGCUUUUAUGUUAGAGAUGAUAAUAGACCCAAUUCAGAAUCCACUGAUCAGAUUGAAUCUUUGAGAAGCAAAAUCGGCAUUUGUAUUAAGGGGAACUCUGUCCCUGCUCCAAUCUUGUCCUUCUCUUCCUGCAAUCUUCCUCAGAAGCUUGAACAAAAUCUUGAGUCUGCUGGCUACUUGAUACCUACACCAGUUCAAAUGCAGACCAUCCCUGCUGCACUGAUUAAGAGAAAUAUGCUUGUUUCUGCGGACACUGGUUCUGGAAAGACUGCUUCUUUUCUAGUUCCCAUAGUUUCACAUUGCUCGAAUAUUCGACUUCAGCACCUUGCAGAACAGAAGGGGCCAUUGGCAAUGGUUCUUGCUCCGACUAGAGAGAUUUGUGUGCAGGUGGAGGAGCAGGCCAAGGUUCUUGGAAAGGGUUUGCCUUUUAAAACUGCUCUUGUGAUCGGUGGAGAUGCCAUGGCUGGGCAAGUAUACCGAAUUCAGAAGGGUGUAGAGUUGAUUGUUGGCACCCCUGGAAGGCUGAUUGAUCUCCUAACGAAGCAUGACAUCAAUCUAAACGAGGUUUCUGUUCUGGUUUUGGAUGAGGUGGAUAGCAUGCUGCAGAAAGGGUUCCGGGAUCAGGUGAUGCAAAUCUUCCAAGCCCUCUCGCAGCCUCAGGUGUUAAUGUUCUCAGCAACUAUUUCUGAAGAGGUCGAGAAGAUGGCAAGCUCAAUGGCUAGAGACUUGAUACAUGUCAUAUGUGGGAAGCCGAGCAGACCCAGCAAAUCAGUUAAACAGGUAGUCAUUUGGGUGGAAUCUAAGCAGAAGAAACAGAAGCUUUUCGAGAUAUUGAUGAGCAAACAGCAUUUUAAACCACCCAUUGUGCUGUUUGUGGGUUCAAGACUAGGAGCUGAUCUUUUGGCUGAAGCAAUUACUGUUGUGACUGGAUUGAAAGCUCUCUCAAUUCAUGGUGAGAAGUCAAUGAAGGAUAGGAGAGACAGUUUGAGGCUGUUUUUGACAGGAGAGAUAUCUGUUCUUGUCUCGACUGGGGUUUUGGGGCGUGGGGUGGAUCUGUUGAAAGUACGGCAGGUGAUAGUUUUUGACAUGCCGAGUUCAAUGGCGGAAUAUGUUCAUCAAGUUGGAAGGGCAUCUAGAAUGGGAGAGGAGGGUGUUGCAAUUGUUUUUGUGAAUGAGGAGGACAGGAAGCUCUUUAGGGAGCUUGUUCAGUACCUGAAAUCUUCAGGAGCUGCUGUUCCACGGGAGCUUGCAAAUUCACGUUAUUCAGUAGGCCCUUUUCCGCUGAGCAGCCGACAGAAGAGGAAAUAUGGUUAUUAAAAGAUUCUUGCAUGGCAGGUGAGAGACGCAUGCAUAAAUUGGGUCCUUGCUCACCAGAGGUUGUUUUAACAGCUGCUGGACCUUCAGAUAAAUUCUUUUAGUUCUAGAGGUGGUUCAUGUCAGUCAAAGAGCCUAGGCAUCUCGAGUGCUGGUGGAUCUGCAUACAAGGUUGAAGGAGGGAUCAAGAUCCUCUCUCCAAAAGCAACACCAAGUAUGCAUCUUCGAGCUUUCAAUUGUUCUUGAAGCUCUAGGAACAUUUCGAGGUGUCCUCUUGGCUGUUCGUUGCUGGCAUUUUGUGCUUCCUCGGAUUUCUGCUGCUUAAUUGAUUUUCUUUUAAGAAUUAUGAAUUGCAACUCAGGAAAUUUGGAUAGCGCAGUGCUACUACAAGUUUUACUUGCACAAUUUUUGGAUAUGGGAUACAAGAUGGAUACUUUCCCAUAGCACGUUGUUUUCUACUUUGAGAGUUAAAAUAAUUACAAACAGUAGAACAAUUCAGCUCUUUUAAGAGUAAUGGAGAUUUUUCUUGGUUCGACAGGUAAGUCAUGAAAGAAUUAACUUUGAAUUUGGAGGAUGAAAAAUUCAGGGUCAUUUGCAUUGAUAUAGUGAAACUGAAACUUUAUGCUGGAAUUCCUUCAACUGGCUGGUGUCUACUUCUGCAGGCUUCUCCAAAAUCUGGGAUUGUUUUGACCAUGACAAAGGCCUGCAAACCGAAGUCAUACAUGUUGCCCCUUGCGCAAUUAUUACUUCCAAUCCCGACUUAGAGAAGUCUUUGCACAAUCUAAAAGCCUAAUCUACAUGGCGAAGAUAAGAAGUUGUGCUGACAAGGAGGUGCUCCUGAGAACCUGAGAAGAUCUACCUUCUAAGAUGGAUCUGUAAACUCUAGGUGUCUCACACUACACUCCUGACAGCAGUAUACCAAGAUGGGUUAGCUGAACACGUCUUCGAACGUAUAUAACACUAUGCAUGUUUUAUUUAACCCAAGAUACAAAUGUAUGCUCUUUGCUCCAUGAACAUUUUGUGCUGUCGAGUUUGUGGUGUAUGUUGCUUCAUCAACUUAAAAGGCUCGUUUGGUUCGCGGGAA